AUGAACGCCAUCACUCAAUAUAUUGUCAACAACUCCAAGCUGGAGGUAACUCUCAUCAAGAUCACCGAUGCGACUCCAGACACCUUCAUCAUGGAAAUCGAGUCCCGCGUAACAAACACCGGCCCAGUCAGCUCCACGAUCUCACCCAUGACAGUCGACCUCGUCGGGCCCAGCGGUGCAUUUGGGAAACUUGACCUCCCAGUGAUCAAGACCAGCUCAUCAGGAACAGACGUCAACAUCCCCGCGCAACUCAUCAAGAUCACCGACAAAGCCGCCUUCAAAGCAUUCGUCCACGCCAUCCUAAGAGACGAGAAUCUGCUCCUACAAUUGAAGAAUGGGAAGGGCACUGUCAAGGCUAUGAUGGGCAUGUCAGCACAGAUUGAUUAUAACAAGAAUUGUCCGUUGAAGGGCAUGCAUGGGCCGAAGACUACGAUUUCGAAGACGGAGGUUGAGGAUGGUGGAUACAGGAAUACCCUUAUUGUGGUGAAUCCUUCGCCGCUGGAGCUGGAUCUGGGGACGAUUAAGCAGGAGGUUCGGAACAAGGAUGGCAGUGUCAUUGCGUUGCAGCAGGGAAAGGCGUAUCUGUUGAGAGGGGAGUCAAGCUAUGUUGUUGAGGGCAAGGUUGUUGGUAAAGCGGCUGGAGAAGAGGCGGUCAUUGUUGCGACUGGGGUUGCGGAGGAUAAUUGGCAUAAUGAGACGAUCACGGCAUUUGAAGAACCUGUUAUACUACCAAAAGAGUUGGUCAGCUUGUGUGCCUAG